UCGUCCUCCCCAGUAUAAAUUCCUGCAACUCCUAGCCCUAGUGCUAAAACCCUUGCGGCGGCUACCUCUCUUUUCCCCACCUCCUCUCGCCGGCCGUCGCAGGCGAAACCUUUCUUCGCCUCGCGCUCUCCACCGCCGGAUCCGCCCAAGGUUAAGGGAGGAGAUGUUGGUGCUGUUCGAGACCCCCGCGGGGUUCGCCCUCUUCAAGGUGCUCGACGAGGGGAAGCUCGACAAGGUCGAGGAUCUAUGGAAGGAGUUCACGACGUCGGACUCGGCGAGGAAGGUAGUUGAGCUGAAGGCUUUCAACAAGUUUGAGAACACAUCCGAUGCCCUCUCUGCUGCUACCCUGAUCAUUGAUAGCAAGCCUAGCAAGAGUUUGCGCAAGUUCUUGCAGAAGCACUGUGAGGGUGAAACAUUAGCUGUUGCGGAUUCUAAACUUGGAAAUGCUAUAAAAGAAAAGCUGAAAAUUGACUGCCUUCACAAUAGUGCUGUGAUGGAGCUGAUGAGAGGACUGAGAAAUCAGCUUACUGAGCUUAUAUCUGGGUUGGGUGCACAGGACCUUGGUCCAAUGAGCCUGGGAUUGUCCCACAGCUUGUCUAGGUACAAACUUAAGUUCAGUCCGGAAAAGGUUGAUACUAUGAUCAUUCAAGCCAUUGGCUUAUUGGAUGAUCUUGACAAGGAGCUUAACACUUAUGCCAUGAGGGUUCGUGAAUGGUAUGGUUGGCACUUUCCAGAGCUAACUAAAAUAGUGACAGAUAAUAUACAGUAUGCCAAAGUUGUGAAGAUGAUGGGCAACAGAGUUAAUGCAGUUAACCUUGAUUUCUCUGAGAUAUUGUCAGACGAAGAGGUAGAAGCACAGCUAAAGGAGGCAGCAGUAAUAUCCAUGGGAACAGAAGUUAGUGGCAUUGACUUGUUAAAUAUCAGGGAGCUAUGUGAUCAAGUGUUGGCUCUUUCUGAGUACAGAGCCCAGCUGUAUGACUAUUUAAGAAGUAGGAUGAACACUAUCGCGCCAAAUCUGACCGCACUCGUGGGCGAAUUAGUUGGUGCUCGCCUUAUUGCGCACGGUGGCAGUUUGCUAAAUUUGGCCAAGCAGCCUGGCAGCACGAUUCAGAUACUUGGUGCAGAGAAGGCUUUGUUCAGAGCUCUAAAGACAAAGCAUUCUACACCAAAGUACGGCCUCAUCUACCAUGCAUCCUUAAUUGGUCAGGCAGCUCCAAAGCACAAAGGGAAGAUCUCGCGUUCUCUUGCUGCAAAAACUGCUCUUGCCAUCCGGUAUGAUGCCCUUGGUGAUGGUGAGGACAACUCCAUUGGCCUUGAGAGUCGACUCAAGCUUGAGACACGGCUUCGAGUUCUUGAGGGUAAAGAACUAGGAAAAUCUGCAGGUUCCACAAAGGGAAAACCCAAGAUAGAAAUGUAUGAAAAGGACCGGAAAAAGGGUGCUGGUGCUUUAAUGACUCCUGCUAAGACAUACAAUCCAGCAGCUGAUGUGGUACUUGGUCAAUCCACUGAAGAAACAACUAAGAAGCCAGAAUUGGCUUCAAAGAAGAGAAAACAUCAUGAGGUGGAGACCGCAGCGCCAACUGAGCCUGCAGAGGAACCAAUCCAAGAGGAUGGUGACCAGGAGGACAGGAAGAAAAAGAAGAAAAAGAAGUCCAAGGAAAUCGAGGAGACUUCUGCAGUCGAUGCUGAUGGUGACAAGAAAAAGAAAAAGAAGUCCAAGGAGAGCGAGGAGGCUGCUUCUACUGCAGAAGGCGAGAAGAAGAAGAAAAAGAAGAAAUCUGAUGCGGAUGGUGAGGAUGUCGGCAUGCAAACUGAAGAGUCCGGUAAGAAAGAUAAAAAGAAAAAGAAGAAAAAGCACACUGAUGAAUGAGGCAUUCACUAGAGAAGAAGGGAAAGUCAAGGUGCUUGAGGACUAUUGGAUCUGGACUGUCUGUUCUGUAAAAUGGAACAUUACUGGCUAUUCCAUGCGGGUUAGCCUUUUAGGAUAGUUAACAUGUUGAGAUUAGUUUUUGGAUCCGGCUUGUAUUCUAAGUACUUACUCGACCUGGACGAUUGGUGGAAUUUAAAUUUUGUUGUUCCAAUCCUCAUGAAAUAGCAUGAUGGCUCGUCCUAUAUGAA